CUACAAUAAAGAAUACUUUAGGAAGCUUUCUCAAGCCCUUAUGAAUGAUGGGGACAGAGAUGCUACCUAUCUUAGCAGAGUGUAAAGUGAUUCAUCAAUUUACAAAGCAGAAAUCAAAACUCAACUUCAGUAGCAAAACAGAUGGAGAAUUUAUAUCAUUCUUACUGGAGACCACUCUUAGCAUGCUCUCUGUAGUGAAGCAAAUAUCACCUGUCAUAAAAGCUGUGGAAGAAGUUGCUCUUAUUUGCGAUAAGACGGAAGAAGCGCUUCCUUGUAGGCUGCGCUUGCUAAGCUCAGCUGAUCUAAGAUGUAGACACCAUGGUGAUACAUGGGACACAUUUGGUGCUAUCGAGACAGAACUUGAUACAGCAGCUGAAUUGAAGCCAGAUGAGGGUGAAAAUACGGACCCACCUACUACUGAUUUGCAAGUUGAAAAGCCUGACAAGAAAUUGGUUGAAAAGGUGACUGAUGAAAACUGUCAAUUAUUACUCUCUGAGUUCUCAGAGGAAAUGAAUGAUUUGAUCGAGAACCUCUCGAAUCCUGAAGCAAAAGCUUUUACCCAAUCAAAUGACAAUCAAAAAGAAUGCAAUAUGGUAACUAAGGAAACAGUACCGACUACUGAAAGUAACAGCUCAGAAACGACAUCAGACCCCGUGGAUCUAGUACAGCCUGACGAAAAGAGCACAACUAACCAAGCAGAAUGUGGGGUUUGUGGUAAAGCGGUGGGUAAAGGAUACCUUAAAGAGCACCUGCGGCUACACCUUCAGAACAAGUGGCAAUGUGACUACUGCCACAAAACGUUUUCUCUCAGAAACUACCUUGUAAAACACAUGAAACGAUUCCAUGGCGAUAAACGUUUUCAGUGUAACCUUUGCCAGCGCUCCUUCGCAUCCACAAUCGACCUCGAAAAACACAUGCCAAUCCACAAGGUAUCUAACCCUUUCAUUUGCGAGAUUUGCCAGAAAGGAUUUGCACAUUAUUCCUCGUUAAAACGCCACCUCAUCGCGCAUACAGGUGUAAAGAACUUCCAUUGUAGUAAAUGCGAUAAGUAUUUCAUGAGAAAAGACUCCCUGAACAAUCACAAAGUGUUGUCCUGUACUGGAAAAUCAGAAACCUCUCCCUCAGCCACGUCACCGGGUGCUUCUUCUCAAAUGUCCCAUUCGGAGUUGAAUGACUUACUCAAUACUUUGAACAGUAAUAACGUUAACCUGGAAGGUUUAGGAGGUGAGAUAUUGGACGCCAUCAGCAAGGCAGUCAGGUGAUGUUCAGUAUAUUAUCAUUAAUCAUAAUUCACAGUGUAUAUAAUAUAUCAUAGAGGGUUCCCUCAGUUUAUUAAUUUGUUCUGCUUGAAUUUACAUUCAGCGACGAAAUUUUUGUUUGACUCUUGUUUGAGUAUUUUACUAUUACACUCGACAUAAUAUAAGAUAAAUUCGGUAUGAUCGAUUUACUUUAUUGUUUAAUGCUAACACAUUCUGGAUAUUGAAUGUUAUUGGUUUUAAAAUCGUAUGAUUUACUAUUCAACCUAACUUACUCAUAACAUUUUCACAUCGUGUGUUUAAUCCCGUUGUGCGUAAUUUUUGUACACAUUGCCCGGAAUUUUCUAGUACCUUCCAUAUUUGGUUACAUAAUUUGUUGAGUAAUUUAAAACUUAAUCACUAUCAAAUCUUAAAUACAUUAAAUAUCUAAAAUUUGAAUAUUUAUUUCAAGUAAAUUUAUCGAAAUUUGUGAAACUCAUCAGUGCAGUGUUUACUCAUCAAACAUGCAACGCCUUUUAAAUGAAGGGUUUCACCCUUGUCAGAUUAUUAUGCCUAUUUUGUAGAUAGCCUUAUUUAGUUGAUUAAUGUUCUUGUUAAUUUAAUUCAUUUACGAUAGUUUAUAAAAAGUUGUAUCAUCGCCUUUUCUUCUUAACAUAGGACUCAAUUGACGUUUAAAGUUUCCAAUGUUUAGGAUAAAUCAUAAAGAUUUAAUAAACUCUUUGAUGUUGUUAGAGCCAGAGGGGGGGGGGGGGGUUAAUGGCACUUUUUUAGUUUUCACAUUAUAUGAUAAGAGCUGCUGGAGAC